AUGUCUACCAGAUGUGGGAUCAAAGAAUUAUCACCAAAAGAAGACAUUAAUAAUGGAGACUUAUUUCAGACAUUGGUUUUUGAAAGACUUGUAAGUCAUGAUUUUGAUGAUUUUGAUUUCAGUGAAGUCCAGCAAAAUAUGCACAAGUUUGCGAAUCAGUGGGAAUAUGAAGAAAAAAGUUACAAAGGAGUGACUACAACCCCUUGCAAAAAUCUCACUGGUAGUAGAGAUCAACAACAUCAUAAAUCCUGGAAUAAUUUUCCUUUGAAGCAGAAUGUUUCUGUAAGAAGUAUGUCUCAAUAUUACAAAUAUUACAAGUCAUAUAUGAGGAGUAAGGAACUAAAAAGUAACGUAGGUUAUUCAGGAAACAAGCUUUUGAAAUGUUUGGAAAAUAGGCUUGGAUUAAGCCUUCAUUCACAUUUGGCUGAACUGCAGAUUUUUCAAACUGAGGAGAAAAUUUACGAAUGUAAUCAAGUUGAGAAGUCUAUCAAAAACUGUUCCUCAGUUUCACCACUUCACAUAAUUCCUCCUAGAGUCAAAAACAACGUUUGUAAUAGAAAUGGGAAGGUUUUAACGCAUCCUUCAUUGCUUACACAACACCAGAAAACACAUAUUAGAGAAAAGCCCUACAAAUGUAAUGACUGUGGGAAGGCUUUUAGCCAUUGCUCAGUCUUAGCUAAUCAUCAAAGAAUUCAUUCUGAACAGAGACCUUACAAAUGUAGUGAGUGUGGCAAAACCUUUAACAGAUUCUCAAACCUCACAAGGCAUCAGAGAAUUCAUACUGGGGAGAAACCAUAUAAAUGUAAUGUAUGUGGUAAGGACUUUAUGAUACGUUCACACCUUUGGGGUCAUGAGCGAAUUCAUACUGGAGAGAAACCUUACAAAUGUAAUGAGUGUGGCAAAGCGUUUUCUGAGCAUUCAAAUCUUGCUCAGCAUAAGAGAAUCCAUACUGGAGAGAAACCUUAUAAAUGUAAUGAGUGUGGUAAGGAUUUCACCACACGUUCACACCUUUGGGGCCAUGAGAGAAUCCAUACUGGAGAGAAACCAUACAAGUGUCAUGAGUGUGGCAAAGCUUUCACUGGGAGUUCAAACCUUACUCAACAUAAGAAAGUUCAUACUGGAGAGAAACCAUAUAAAUGUCAUGUAUGUGGUAAGGCCUUCAGUCAGAAUUCAAGCCUUACAGUUCAUCAGAGAAUUCAUACUGGGGAGAAACCUUACAAGUGUCAUGAGUGUGGCAAAGCCUUUAAGCAGUACUCAAGUCUCAACAGACACCAGAAUAUACAUGGAAUGAAGAUAUAG